CGUUAAGAACAGUUUCAGGUUAAGAACGGACCUCCGGAACGAAUUAAGUUCUUAACCUGAGGUACCACUGUAUAAUAAAGAUUCUGUGUGAGUGGAUGUCUGCAUUGAUAAUUCCCCUUCCUCUCAUCUCCACUGCAGCCUCCCCAUCCCCAAUCUGCUGUAGAGGGUCGCCCUGUCCAUUUGGUCCCCCUCUCCCUAAAUGAAUGAAAUUCCUUAAUGAAAAUGCACAUUUCUUUGCAAAUCCUCCAGAAGUGUUACAUCUUAGAUCUGAUGCAGCCUAAACCUAUGCAUGUUGAUUAGAGAAGGGAGUCCCACUGAGUUCAGUGGGGCUUACUGCCAAGUAACUUCAGUACAGGAUUAUAGCCUUACUGUAGUUCCCCUUCCUUGUGAACACAGCCACUUCUUUCUACACAGAGACAGAGAGAGAAACUAACAGGAAAAGAAGACAGAAUGCCUGUGUUGUCUUCAGGUACAGUAGCUGUUUCAGAGAGGAAAUUUCGGCAGGUGCAGCUUGUUUUGCAGGAAUAAGAUAAAGCCACACCUGCCUAAAUGUCCUCUUUUUAAUUUUUUAAAGGGAACAGAGCCCUGUUCCUUUCGCCAUCUGUUCAGGUAAUAUUUACCUGCAGCAAACAAGCCUUUUUCAAGAUGAUAAUCAAAGAGCACUGUUUAUGGGGCUAAGGAAAUGUGUGAAACCCACCUGUUUGACUUGCGGGUGUUUCUCUGCUUGCAAAUUCUGCCCACAAAAUCACUAAGCCAGAUAUGAGGAAGUAACCCUUCUCUGCCCCUUUGGCAGAAGAAUGAGGCUGAGCUGCCCUUGAGCACCUGAAUGGAGUGUGUGCCUUGCCUUCAAGGGAUAUCAGAGGAGCAGAUUUGUAGCUUUCGUCAGUCUGCAAAGUACCUGUGGCAAAGAAGGCAGAUACUUCCUAGGAUGUCUAGUGUGAAACCAUGAGAUCAAUCAGGAGGUGGUGUCCUAGGGGAACCAGGCUGCUUCUCAUAGGCUUCUUGUUCCUUGUUCUCUCUUUUGCUGCCUACAUUGGCUUUACUGAAAAAUAUCCAUACAGCCAGUUUCCUUACUUCCGCCGUGCUGGAAGCAUGCCGCAAACAGACACCCGGCCCGCUACCCCAGAAGUGAUGACUGCCAACAGGGAGACACCAAGGCCUCUCAGUAUAAUACUUGGCCCAAGUAGCUCCCCAUUGGAGCAAGAUGCUGUUAAGAGAUUGGCAAAUGGUGGCAACACCAUGGACACCCGAGAGAAGCAUGUGGAGGCCACCAGCCCAUCAGAUUCGACUGAGAAGCAAGCCAGGGAGAGAGGUGUGAUAGCAGCCAAUCCAAAGCAAGUUGUGGAGAAACUAAGGCCCACAGCCAAUGAGAAUCAAGCUAAACACAAGACUGUGACAACUGCAGCUGGUCAAAACCAUGCUGGAGGUCUGAAUGCAACCCCCACGGUGUAUAAGAAAAAAAGGGAGAAGCAUGUGACAUCAACAUCCAGUCCAAAGGAAGAGAAAAAUAAGUCGGAACACAAAGGAAAUGAACGAGCUGAGGCUAAAUAUGAAGCGCCAGCAUCCAAUCAAAAGCUGGAUGAGGAAAGAGGUGCAAAAACAGCAUCCAAUCAAAAUGCCACACCACGACCCACUGCAAGCCACACCAAGGGGAAAGUUUCCAGAGAAAUGGACGUAGCUAAAAAGAACCAGAGUUUAGUUGAUUCUCUUUCUGUUGUCGCAGAUCACAACGUCUCUAUCCCUAGGCCAGGGGCUCAACAAGUCACACAUCCAGUUCCUGCACCGACCCCCAAGAAAAGGCUUAAAGCAUCUGACUUCAAAUCUGAGCCCCAUUGGGACUUUGAUGACCAGUAUCUCCUGGACAAUUCAACACCAGCAUCAAGCUGCCCUGAUUCUCUGCGGGUCAAGGCUGCCAAGUCUGAUUGGCUGAAGGAUCUCUUCCUGCCCAACCUCACUCUUUUCAUGGACAAGACUCACUUCAGUGACAGCGAAUGGGAGCGUCUAGACCAUUUUGGCCCACCCUAUGGCUUCAUGGAGCUGAAUUACUCAUGUAUGGACUUCUUACAAAGCGAUGUCUACAAAUGUGAAAAUGGCAGCAUUUCAGAGGCCAAGCCUAAGACAACCUGGCAGACUUUAAAGUGCUCUGAUUCUGUUCUGUUCCUGUGCCUUACUUCCAUCCUACGCCCCAACCAGUUCAGAGAUGUGCAUGUUUACUGCCUGCCCUUCAUACUAAAUAAGGACGCCUUUUGUCUUUCAGUGGUAAAACAAGUCAUCACCAUGCUUCCCCCUAAACCGUACCACCAAAUUCUCUUUGCACGCAACAGCAGCCAGACUUCCAGGUGUAUCAGAUGUGCGGUGGUAGGGAAUGGGGGGAUACUGAACAACUCCAAAAUGGGCCAAGAGAUUGACUCCCAUGAUUACGUGUUCCGGGUGAGUGGGGCCGUGGUCAAAGGUUUUGAGGAAGACGUUGGAACAAGAACGUCCUUCUACGGAUUCACAGCCUACUCCUUAGUGUCUUCUGUCUCAAUUCUGGGAAAUCGUGGAUUCAAGAAGAUCCCCGUGGGAAAGGAGAUCAAGUACCUUCAUUUCCUGGAAGGGCCAAGAGAUUACGAAUGGCUGAAAGCUCUUCUGCUGAACACGAGAGUCAGGAAGGGAUUUUUGGAUGGCUAUGGGCCAUACCCUCGGGAUAAAUUUGGUAGCAAUUUCACCCUGGAUAACUACUUUGUCAUUCAUCCCGAUUUUCUCAGAUACAUGAAAAACAGGUUUCUAAGAUCCAAAAGUCUAGACAAAUCCUACUGGCGGAUCUAUAGACCCACCACAGGUGCCUUCCUCCUUCUAACUGCACUCCAUCUGUGUGACCAGGUAAGUGCUUACGGAUACAUCACCGAAGGCUACCAAAAGUAUUCAGAUCAUUAUUAUGACCAGAAAUGGCACCGCUUAGUCUUUUAUAGCAACCAUGACUUUGAUUUGGAACGGAGGACAUGGAAGAAACUUCACGACUCGGGCAUCAUGAAGCUGUACCAGCGAUCCUGAGCGAGAUGAAAAGGGAGCCCUGGCUGAUGGCAAAUUUUGGAAGCUGAGAUGGAUCUGAGCCAUAUUUUCUAUUAUCAUUUUGGUAGAGCGGGUCCUUGCCAACUAAAGACUUGGUCCUUGCAACAACAAAUACCCGUUCCGCUGCACAUGCAGUUUUGUUGGUUGCAGAACAAAACAAAAGACUAAAAGGAUAUUACUGCUUGAAAACAUUUUGAUGGGGUUAAUUAUUCCCUGAGAAUCCACUGUGAGUAUGAUGAGCCGGGUUGGCCACUGCUACCUGUGUUGGCUGGAAGGGGUCUCAGACAGCAUUUCCGCUGUACUCUCUGGUCCAUUUUACUCCUUCCUGGUUUCAGUUCUCCACCAGUCAGUCUCUACUACAGUAGCUUAAACAUUUGAUUUACAUCAGUGAAGAGCAAAGCUCAACAAUCAGCCCUUGCUUUUUCCUCUGUGUGUGUGUUGUCAACAUGUCUUGAUGCAUUUGCCAUCGCUUUGGUGAAGCCUAUUUUCUCAUUAGAUGUUUUCCCAUUAGAUGUGCUCUGUCUCUGCUCUGGGAGGCGAUCCUGGGGCUUUAAGUUCUCAGUAGGGUCGCAAGGACUCAUUGUUUCUCGGCUCUGGAAUCCAAGCUGUGCCACAUUGCUCCAGGUUGCUAGGUGACCAUCUCCAUGCUGGCAUUCUUCAAAGCUGAAUAGGACCCUUUUCAAUUCCCAAGAAGUUUUUGAAGUUUCUCUCUCCAGAGGCCCUUUCUCUCUUGCACUUCUCUGUUGUGGAAAGGAGAUUACCUUCCAACUCCUUCAUAUCAGCAGGAGGUGAUGGAAAAUUCUCCCUUGACAACAAAGUCAGCUGCAAAUCCAAGAAAAAUCAAGGGCAUAGAGACAUGGACAAAGAUCAACUGUCUGCAUGACCGGAGCUGAUUGCACCCCUGUCUUGCUUUUUUCCUACAAGACCAUAGAACUGGUUUGGGAUUAAUCAUUGUAGCCUUACUGGAGGAAAAAUCCUGAUCUCUUAGGAUCCAGAAAACAGAAGGUUAAGAUGCUGAAUUUCCUUUAAGUUCAGGCUGGAGGGUGGAUCCAUUCUGCCUCUUUAGAUAGAUAGAUAUUGACACUGUUUUUUAUUUUAUUUUUACAAAGCAGCUGAUUGGUUUAACAGAGUUGUUAAAAAUAUAGUGUAAAGAUACUAUCAAAUAUUUUUUUUCUGAUUUAUGAAAGGCCAGAGUAGAUGUGAUGCUUGUGAUAAAAGAGGGAGAGAAGCAAGGAAAGAAAAUAAAAGUGAAGAAAGUGAAGUACUUUUUUAUUGCUGGGUUGUCCAGUUGUACUGGAAAUCUACUUGUACACGUAUGCAUUCCUAUCCCCACUCUAUUGCUCUUGGCGUCCGUUGCUACAUAGUUUGCUCUUAUCUGAAAGUACUACCAUGUACUUGUUUCUCGAGUGGUAUUUCUUAACCAGUGUUAUAAGUAGUUAAAGUUGCAUUUCUCACCUGGCAGUAAGCCUCAAUGAACUCAAUGGAACUUUCUUCUGAACACACCUGCGUAGGAUUGCAGUGUAAGGUAAGAAUUACAAGACAAACUUUUCAGGAGCUGGCAGAGGCAGUUAAUAUCACAAUAUAAAAAUAGUGCAGAGUUUUUAAAAAACAGACCUAUGUUUACACUUACACCUUAUUAAAUGCAAUACUCAGAAAAAGUCCUACUGAGCUUACUUCUUAGCACUGCAGCCUGAAUGCUUUUGCUUAUACAAGAACGUGAUCAGAAUGGAUGUAAAUAUAAAAAUACCUAGGUUAGCCAGCACAGGAAUGGGUGUCUUGACCAGGAGAGGGCAGGGAAACGUUCUUUUUGCAUUUGCAGAGCUUUGCAAAGGGUUUCAUCUUUGAAUCAUUCCUCUAAAACAUCUCCUUUCCAAAGGCAGGAUACUGGCUAGUUCUGACUUUUCACCUAUUCCGCUAUGACCCUUACAAUGAGCAAGUCAUUAGUGAAAUGCCCAUCAUCAAUAUGGCAGGGAGUUUGUUUGUCAAAGAAGGUUAUAUAUUCCACAAAACCUACCCAUCCAGAGAAUGCAUACACUGCAUGCCCUCAGACACACACGUGAGGUGAACCAUAGUGAUAGAGGAAAGAGUUUUCCCCAUUCAAGUGGGGGGACUAAACUUUCUUCCACCUCUCUGGUGCGGACGCCAAUGUAUGGGCUGAAGGCAGUGGCGUAGCAUGGGUUGUCAGCACCCGGGGCAAGGCAAGUAAUUUGCACCCCCUAACCCGUGGA